AGUGUUGUUUGUAGAAGUUCACCUGAUGGCUAUUUGGAUGAAGGUGAGUAUAUCUUUCUUGCUUCUUCAAACAUCAACAGUAUUAAGCUUAAGGCUACUGGGCAAGCUAUCACCUUGACGGGAAGUGCGUCAUUUGAUGAUUAUGCUCAAGUAAUUGCGUCAGUGAAGUAUUUCUCUUUGUCUGACGAACCAACUUUGUAUGUUGAUGACACAUUUACUGAAGUGCAGCGAUUCAUUAACGUAACUGUGUGGGACAAUAGCUUGACUACUUUGUCUACCUGUCAACAAUUACCUUCAGCUGCUGCAAGUGCCACAGUGACGCUUACCAUCAAAUUGAUGAAUGAUAAUAAACCGCAACUUCGCCUAACAACUGUUCCAUCCUCGUGUUCUCUUCCUCCGAAAUCACUUCGAAAACGUAGUGUUGUGCUUGAUCGAUACACAAGUAAGAGACUUAUUGCAAGACAGCUGAAUAAGCCAAAGGCUCCUCCGCCAGUUGUGUCAGUUAGUGGAUUUGGCCCUACAAAGGAUGAAUUUAGAUCAAACUCUAUCAUAACUGUGAAGUUUGGACAGAACAUUAGUCAAGUUCCAGUGUCUCAGCCACAAGAUCUUCGUCGUGUUGUAGACUUUACACCUUCAAUUUUGUCCACUCUGACAUACUUGGGAUUUUGGAGAGACAGCAAAACAUUGAUUAUUGUCUUCCCAGACGUGUCUAGUGAUGAUCUUCAAUUUAUUAAUCCAAACAGAAUUCAAAUUACUUUCAAAGAACCAGAAGGUCCUUGUGAUCAGUUUGAUGUGUGUCAGCAUUACAUAUGCCAUGAAGAAGGGUUAUCAUGUAGUGUGACUGGAAGUUAUGAUGUUCUAAAUUCUGACGAUGCUGAGUCAGUCCAGUCAACAGAUCUAAAGACGUACUGGAUGCUGAUGAUUGUGGGUUUGCUGUUGACUUUCAUUAUCGCAAUUGCAGUUGUCACUGGAAAGUCUAGACAACGCAAGAGACAAGACGUCGAGUCAAUUGGUAAUGAAAGAAGCAGCAAGGUGAAGUCUUCUACUCAUGUUCAAGAAGUGCGCCAAACUGGUUUGCUAGCCUUUGACGUUCACAGGCAAUUGCUAGCAGUUGAUUCGGGAAUAGACUCCACCAGUGCUUCUAAACCUGAAGUUGUUGAAAUAGGUGAAUCAAAUACUAUGUUGUCUGAUCUUGCUGACAAGGACGAAGGACUGCCGGAUGACAGUGCUGAAAUAAAACUAGACGUUGAGGUAGUGAAACCUGAUGCUAAGGACGUAGAGCAAUGCUAGAUACGAUGGAGGUAGUGAUGUUGUAAGGACGUAAAGCACUGCCCAGGCAGUGUCCUAGUACAAUGAUGUAGUUAGUUAUCAUUUAUUGCUAAUCGCUUUCUUGACACUUUAGUACGUAUUCAGUACGAACGACCAGCAAUCUGCAAUGUAGCUAAGACGUACACGUUCAGUGGACAGACUUGUAGUUAAUGUAUUAAUAUCAACAAAUUUGUUUCGUUGU